GCUCCUGUCUUGUCGCAACGACAUGUUCACGUCACGCACGAGCUGGACUGUCCCUGUGAGAUGUGUGUGGAAGAUAGGCUGCUAGCAAACGGAGCUCAAACUUAGCGCCCUUGGAAGCAGAAGGAGUUUUCACGGUGUCAAAUGUCAGUCAGUCAAAAGGGGAGGAGAGAAAUUAAAGCUGCACCAGUCGAAGCUCUCUGCAUCUUGCUUUAUUAUUCCAAGCGGGUCGCUACAGUGAAAACUCCUUUCCGGCUACGAGAGACCUGCCAUCCCUGCAGAGAAGCUGAUGCCACCUCACCUGAGAUCCAGCUACCAAACGGAUACCAGCCUGCUGAUUCCGCUCACGUCGAUAUCCUGCACAGGCAAAAUCAAAAAGGACGGCACACUGAAGGUGAACUGAGGUCAGGUGGGACGUGGUCCACUCCUUCCUGCUGUCAUGGCUCGGUACCUGAGGUACUUCACCACUGUGGGCGAUGAGCAGCCGGGUCAGUGGGAAGAAGAAGAGCUGCAUGUUGCCAGUGAGGAGCUGGGUCCAGCCACCAGCCAGUACCCAGUCACGCUGACCUUCAGGGACUCCCUGCGCCGGCUCUACAGCUCCAACAGGUUCCAGGUGGCGGUGGUGUGUUUGGUGAUUCUGGAUGCUAUUUUUGUUCUGGCAGAGCUGCUUAUAGAUCUGUCCGUUAUCCAGUUGGAACAUGGACACAUUGCUCCGCAGGUGUUCCACUACCUGAGCCUGGCACUUCUGACAUUCUUCAUCAUGGAGCUGGCUGGAAAGCUGUAUGCCUACCGCUUGGAGUUCUUCCAGCACAAGUUUGAGGUGUUUGAUGGCUUGGUGGUGGUGGUGUCAUUCAUUCUGGACAUCAUCUUUGUCUUCAGAGAGGAUGCCUUUGAUGGGAUGGGUCUCCUGAUCCUGCUGCGACUUUGGAGGGUGGCCAGAAUCAUCAAUGGUAUCCUGGUGUCGGUGAAGACCCGUGCCGAACAGAGAACCCACAAACUGAAGGAGAGCUACGACCACCUCGUCCACAGAGCCACUGAGCUACAAGAGCGCAUUGAUGAACUGGAACAAGAGAACCAGAAACUUCAAGCUCUCCUGAAGCAGCACGGCAUCGAAUCGUAAAUUUUAAAGCUAACUGUUGUAGAGCUACUGUUCCAUGUUGUGUGUUGCAUAGAUUUCAUGUCAAUUAGUGUCCCUCCUGUUUUUUAAAGACAGAGUUUAAAAUAUGUUCACAAUAAUAAAUGUAAAUGAAUCAAGUUCAUGCAAUUAAAAUAUUUAGUAAACUAUUCAAAUUAUUGAACAACAAAAAUGAGCUCUUU